UCUCUGCUGCGACGACACAAGAGCACUCGUUAAUUGCAGCAGGAAUUCAGCCAUGGCGCGGUGCAUUGUGGCUGCGGCGUCCGUGUCGGCGCUCGUGCCUUACACCAGAGCAGCUUUCAGCUGCUCGUCGCACAGGUGCUUAUACCGCUUGCAGAGCGCGUGCGGUUCGAAUAUUUGGACGGUGGAGACAAUUGGAUUCAAUCUGCGAUGCGUUCCUGGAGCCAGGAGGCGGUUUUCGGCGUCGGGGAUCAGGGCGGAAGGAGGCGGCGAGGAUGCGGGUGGGUUUUGGGCUGAGAAGGGCAUUACUUGGAGGUCGCUGGGGUUGGAUGGCGAGGUUGUGGGGGCAUUGAUGCGUGCGGGGCUGCCGCAUCCGUCUUUGGUACAAGCGGCAGCCAUCCCUUCGAUUUUGGGGACUGGGGAUGUGGUAGUAGCUGCGGAGACGGGCAGCGGGAAGACGCACACGUAUCUGGCGCCUCUUGUGCAGAAGAUGUGGAAGGCAGGUGCGAGCGGGAUAGAAGAUGCAGAGGAUAAGGAGAAAAGCCCUUUUGAGGGUUUGGGGUUUGGGUUGGGUUUAGUGUUGUGUCCAAAUGCACUGCUGUGCCAUCAGGUUGUGGAUAUGGCGAAUGCGUUACGAGGUGAGGACGGACAGCCUCUGGUGCGCGUGGAUAUGAUUUCAGGGGGACAGGGAUGGCCGACUUAUCUUCCGGACGUUGUUGUUGCGACUCCGGCAGCUUUGUUGAAUAAUUUGUUUGGGUUCGAUGCGAAUCGUCGUCGACGUAUAGCGUUUGUUAAGGCUGUGAGAAUGGUGGUUUUUGAUGAAGCGGACAUGUUGUUGGGGGGCGGGUUUGUGCGGGAUGUUGGUCGGCUCAUCGACUUAUUUCGUCUAGAAGAGAAGCGGAUUUCCAAGCUUCGAGAGCUUGAAGCGUCGGUAGAGACGAAGAUAGAGUUUAAAGAACCUGAAUUUCGGAGAGUUUGGAGCGAAGCUGAAGGGCAGGAGGAGGCAGGGGAUGUGGCAGAGGAGGUCGAAAGAGAAGCACAGGAAAUUGUCGACGAAAGUGGAAACUCUUUACUUUUCGAGCAACGUGCCCAAGAGAGCACAGCUUCCAGUGGACAGAGUGCGUCAAUGCAGAGGAGAUCUGAGUGGUUGCGGAAUAGGAAGGAGUAUAAGAGAAGUAAACAGUACAUUUUUGUUGCAGCAACACUUCCUCAAGCUGGCAAGAGUUCACCUGGAGCAGUUCUCAAGCAGAAAUUUCCGGCUAUGACUUGGGUCCAUGGCAAUUUCCUUCAUCGCCACAAUCCCAUGUUAGAACACCGGUGGGUACAUGUUAACAAAGACAAUAACCUAUUGUCUGUGCUUACUGACGCUUUAAGAGAAAGUCGGUCCAACGCUAGAACGCUUGUUUUUGCUAACAGCGUUGAAGGCGUAGAUGCAAUUGCACGGGUCCUGGAUCAAUGUGGGCUGAAAUGCAUGCGUUAUCAUCGGGACUUAUCAGUGGAGGAUAAGGCAGCAGCCUUGUCAUCUUUCGAAGAAGAGGGCGGUACGCUAAUCUGCACAGAUGCCGCUGCUAGAGGCCUUGAUAUUCCUAACAUAACUCAUGUCAUUCAAGCAGAGUUUGCUACUUCAGCUGUCGACUUCAUUCACAGAAUAGGUCGAACUGCUAGAGCAGGUCAGCCUGGGUUUGUGACCAGUAUAUACACGGACGCAAACCUUACGCUUGUCAAUGCCAUGCGUGAUGCCAUGACUGCUGCCAUACCUGUUGAAGGUGCAUUUAGUCGCAAAAGAAGCUUACGCAGGAAAGUUAAGAAGUACGGUUCCUACGAGGAUGCGCAGAAGGCCAAGUCGGCCUUGACCAAACAGUAACCACAGUAUACGGAAGCUUUCUUUUACCGUCGACUGCAAUGCUGCCAUUCAUGCAUUAAUUUUGGGUAGACGUGUAGGUUGGAUGCAGGUCAAAGUUAAUCGUCCCUGUACAGAAAGGAGAAGGUAGACAGUGUAGGGUUUUCACCUGUGAAGAGGGUUACUCACCAUACGUACUCAUAGAGGUGAACAUUUCAUUUACUUUAUUCAAAGACCAGGUAGACAGUAUAACGAGUUACAUACCAAAGAAUUAUGCAAUUUAUUGACUAGGUUCGCUAGCAAAGCUUAACUACGUGUAUUAUGAAUUUCAAUCUUUUGAACUAGUUAAGUAUUUUGUGGAAGGCUGAUCUGAACUCAAACCGAA